UCACAUCCUGUUGUUGUGAACCAGGUGAGGUGUGAACAUGACAGCCAAGGUUCCAUCUGCGAAAUCGGAUAUUCAAUCAUCCUAGCUAGCCAAAAAUAUAAGGCCAAGAAUUCAAUACCAGAUUUCCUUACCGAAUUGAGUUCUCAUACUAACUAUAAAAGUAUAAAACCAUAGAAACCUACCCCAUCACAUCUUCAUUCAGUGGAGAAAUUAACCUCAUGGGAAGUGGCAGCCUGGUCCGGAUAGUUCCUAUGUGUUCACUGCUUCUUCUUCUUCUUUUUCCUGUGAUUCAUGGUUGGGGUAUCGAGGGUCACACGACGGUGUGCAGAAUUGCUCAGUCUAGGUUGAGCGAUGCGGCAGCAGAUGCAGUGAAGCAAUUGCUUCCCAAGUAUGCAGAAAAUGACUUGGGGACUGUGUGCAUAUGGGCCGAUCGUGUCAAGUUUCGGUAUCACUGGUCAUCUGCCCUUCACUACAUUGACACUCCUGACAACCUUUGCACUUAUCAGUACAAUAGGGACUGCAAGGACGAAAAUGGAGACAAGGGGCGUUGUGUUGCAGGGGCCAUAAACAAUUACACCACUCAGCUUCUCACUUACAGCUCCGGUUCUUCCAAGUCGGAAUAUAACCUCACUGAAGCACUGUUAUUCCUUUCUCAUUUUUUCGGAGACAUCCAUCAGCCUCUACAUGUGGGUUUCACUUCAGACAGGGGGGGCAAUACCAUUGAAGUUCACUGGUACACCAGGAAGCAAAAUCUUCACCAUAUAUGGGAUAGCAACAUAAUCGAAACAGCAGAAGAGAGGUUCUACGAGAAUAAUCUGGAUGAGCUGGUUGAUGCGAUUAAACAGAACAUUACGACUGAAUGGGCAGAUGAAGUUAAGGCUUGGGAGACCUGCAGUUUGAACAAGACAGCAUGCCCAGAUGUAUAUGCAUCUGAAGGUAUCAAAGCAGCUUGUGAUUGGGCUUACAAGGGUGUAGACGAAGGCUCAGUCUUACAAGAUCCAUACUUCCUCUCCCGGUUACCUAUCGUCAAUAGGCGGUUGGCUCAAGGUGGAGUCCGGUUAGCAGCCACUCUCAACCGGAUCUUCGGUUGACAUUUCCUUCAAUUUCUAGGCGAAUAUCUCCAAAUUUAAAAUUAUUGAAGUAUAUUAUGUAUUGAUAUUAAAACUAUGGAGCAACUGAUUAGAAUAUCACUCUUUUCAAA